AUGACCACCGACGCAGACCUAUCUCGUAUCCGCCACCUACGUUCUGAAACCCGUCGACUGGUCCGCACCCUCCAGGACGCGAAACGGGACGUGGGGUGGGAGGAUGAGCUGGACGUACCCAUAACGACGGCAACUUCCUCUAGAGCCCCUUCUCGUACAAAGAUUCGUCAGCUCAAGAGUCGGCCGUCCAAGCCGCAUCCACCGUCACGUUCGUCGCCGAUCCGUUACAAGUCCACGUCCCCUCUCGCCCGCGUAAAAGCUAAAGUGGAGCAGAGGAAACAAGAUGUCUUGCAAGUGCUUUCCCAAACCGAUGAGUUUUUUGAUGAAUUGCAACAGUAUCGAAGUUGUUAUCCUAGUCUAUUUUUCGGGGACUCUGCGCCAGAACCUACUCCAAGCAUCCGAAAACAAGAGCCACCACCUGAUGCUCCAUCUCCACCCGAUCCGCGUUAUUAUUACACGGGCGUAUUCAAGAUCAAUGAUCGUCUCUUUCCUGAACCUUUUCCUUACCCCUUUCUGGAAGCUGAAGGAGUGGAAUCCAUGUUAGAGGAUGAACCGCCGGUCAAAGUGAGUAUACCCCACUCGGUUAUCACGCCCGUCCCAAAACAGUAUAAACCGCAUAGAAGACGAUCGUUUGAUCCGGGCGACUCUAUGGACCUAUCCAUGGUACGUUCCCUAAAGUGUUCCCUUGACUGACGCACACUCACACCGCCACAGCACCUCCUCCUCAGCUCCGCUAUCACACAUACACAACCCUCAACCUCAAACACUCCUCGAUCCUGUCCUCCUCGUCAUUCAAAAGCACCAAUACGUCUCCAGAGUGCGCGUCGGUGGCAAGGAGGCGGAGCCCAAUGUACUCUGUUCCUUCCGCGGGUAGGAUCAGAUGGGGGGAUUUGAAAGUAAGGAGGUGGGGUGUUGGGGUGUGGAGGUGGAAGGUUUUGGGAGUUGGGUAUGGAUUCGUGUAGCUUAUUCGCUGCAUAGGGUGCGUUAGUAUGGUUUUUAUUUAUUGCUGGGAACGUGCACAUGGGAGAUACCUUGUUGAGCGAUGUACCCUUGGGUACCGUAAUGUCAAACGAUUUAGUAAUGGGUGGGUAUUUGAUGUGCGGGAUGAGGAGCCAAGAUGAGACGAGUGCAUGGGUAUCCGUGUCUUGGUUGAAACGGAACAAUGAGAUAUCAUAUUUAAUAAAACGAACAACCAAUUGCCACUCACCAACAACAUUCAAGACCACAUUCCCCACAUCCACUCUUUUCGGUCUAACAAUCAGCGGCACCUCACAUAAUCCCCCAGCUGGCACCACAACCCUCUCAACCCCAACUGCCACAUCCCCUCCACCAACCGCACAAUGAACUCGCCUCGCCAUGGGCCCCCCUCUUAGUACCACCGCGGCGGAGUCCGUUUGCCCGAGA